CAGAAUACAACAUACUUAAGUUAACAAGUCAUUUUAACCAUGGACACAAAAACAGAAAUCAUUCCGGUCAGUAAGAACGUUAAUGAUGAAGGGUUUCUACCAGAAUCCAUUACAUCGUUGGAUAAGGACAGUGUAUCGGAAUCCAUUCUUCCACCGGAGAAAGACAGUGUAUCGGAAUCUAUUCUACCAACAGAGAAAGACAGUGCUCUGGAACCCAUUCUUCCAACGGAGAAGGACAAUGACGAAGGGUUUCUACCAGAAUCCAUUCCAUCGACGGAGAAAGUUAGUGAGGAAAAUUUUCCUUUGAAGCUGGACUCGGGUCAUGUCUAUCUAAAAGUAAAUGGAAAUGAAGAAAACUACGUCAAUGGUAAAUCUUUCGACAAAGACGAAAACAAAGAGGAAGCUUAUGUUGAAGUAGAGAAAAGGACUUUGUACUACAGAGUUAGUGAAAAUCCGCCAUUCUAUCUUUCAUUUCUAUUUGCUCUACAGGUAAAUAUAUCAUCAUCAUCAUCAUCAUCAUCAUCACAUAUCCUUCAGUUCCAGGGAAGCCUGCUCCUCGCCGGUUGUAUCCAUAUGAUGAUAGGACUGACGGGUGUACUGGGUUUCCUGAUGAGGUUCAUAGGUCCGAUAACUGUCGUCCCUACCCUCCUCCUGGUAACUGUUAAAUACGGAACGAUAUUAAGCAACUUCUGUGAAACCUCCUGGCUGGUAGCAGCAGUGACCCUAGUCCCUUGUUUAAUAUUAUCCAUGUAUUUGGAUGGUAAGAAAAUGCCGAUACCUAUUUGGAGAUUUGGGAAAGGAUUCGAAAUCAUUCACUAUCCUCUCCAUCAGGUUCUGUCGAUCCUUAUCGGUAUAGCAAUCGGCUGGUCUGUUGCUGCUAUACUGACCAUCACUAAUUACCUGAGUGCUGAUAAGGACAGCGUGCAGUUUUUCGCUCGGACAGACACACGUCUGCACGUCAUCUCCUCAGCUCCGUGGCUUUACGUACCAUAUCCAGGUCAGUUUGGUCCGUCCUCAUUCAGUGGUGGAGUAUUUAUUUCAUUUAUGGUACCCACUAUGAUAUCUAUAAUUGAUUCAAUUGCCGACUACUACGCGUGCGCUAGAACUGUCAGAGUUCCGUCCCCUCCUGCGCAUGCUAUCAACAGAGGUAUUGCUAUGGAAGGACUGUUUAGUGCGGUUGCUGGGAUUUUUGGGGCCAGUCAUGCCACUACUACAUAUGGCGGCAACAUAGGCAUUAUAGGCAUGACAAAGGUAGCCAGCAGAAGAGUGUUCCAGGUGUUUGGAAUGCAGAUGGUCAUAGUGGCGAUCAUUGGUAAAUUCACAGCGUUUUUCGUUACGGUUCCUUACCCUGUGCUCGGAGCAAUCAACAUUAUAGGCGGUGGCGCAUUCAUUGGUCUCGUCUUCUCUAAUCUGUGUUAUGUAGAUAUCAGAUCCACCAGAAACCUUACCAUUAUCGGGAUGGCUAUAAUGAUCGGCCUUAUGAUUCCGACUUGGUCAGAGAAAAAUAUUGAAGUCUUUGAUACAGGCAUACAGGAACUUACUAACACAUUGCGAAUACUGAUGACAAGUCCAAACCUUGCCGGAGGAUUCAUAGCAUGUUUUUUGGACAACACUAUACCAGGUACGAGGAAGGAGAGGGGCAUGAUUGCAUGGUUAGGUGAAGAUGAUGGUAAUGAGGAUCAAAUAGACUAUGAGGAAGGAGCAGAGCUAUACGAAAUUCCUGCUGUGACCAAAAUACUCCGGAAGUUUAGGAUAUCCAAAUAUAUUCCAAUUUUUCCAACGUUUAAGAAAAUGGAGUAGACAACUUUCAUCUUUUGUUAUAACAACCGACCGUAUUAUGUAUGAGUCAUCCUCCAACUUGAUACGUCAUUGUUGUCAUGUUACAAAUACAUUGUGUCUGUAAAUAGAAAGCAUAACCAGCAAAAGGAACAUCGUUGUUGUGCAUAUUGUAUGAAUAUUAGAUACGCAGUAAAGUUUUGCUUUAUAGAAGAGUAUUAACUGGUUUAACUCGUUAACGGUUGAUUGUAUUGAGAAAUAACGAAUGUUUGUCUACUUGAAAUAUACAUUGCACAUUACCGUUUCAUUUUACAAAAUACAAAUUCAGAUUAUCUGUAUACAAGCAUCUCUUCAAUAUUCAAUAUGAUAAUCGGCAAGUCAAAUCUGAUAUACCAAAGACUGAUACAACAUUACGUUGGCCAAAAUCGGGGACAAUGUUUCGUCAUGUGUGCAUCAUUUAAUUAAAACAUACUCGUAUCUCAAUCUACAUAUAAACAUUUGGUUAUUGUCCCCAAAUCUCAUUAUGGAUUUACACGCUUAUACCACGGCAUAACUAAAGAAUCUUGCAUGUACAUGUAAACUGACGAAACAUGGAGGUCAAGUUGUCCAUGAUUAACUACAUGUGCAAAUGUAUAUAAGAUGAUGCCACAUACAUUCAUGAAGAUGAUGGCAAGAAAUUGUUUCAAAGUUUCAAUGCUUACUUACGUCAUGGCAUGUUGGUUUCAACACGACUGAUGCAUUAAGUACAGUGUUUAAAUAUGAAUAUUAUAAACUUGACUAUGUUGUGUGAUCUCUGUAGAGCCAAUUACUAUGUUGUGUGAUCUCUUUAUAACCACUUUCCAUGUUGUGUGAUCUCUGUAGAACCAAUUACUAUGCUGUGUGAUCUCUGUAGAACCAAUUACUAUGUUGUGUGAUCUCUGUAGAACCAAUUACUAUGUUGUGUGAUCUCUGUAGAACCAAUUGCUAUGUUGUGUGAUCUCUGUAGAACCAAUUACUAUGUUGUGUGAUCUCUGUAGAACCAAUUGCUAUGUUGUGUGAUCUCUUGUAGAACCAAUUACUAUGUUGUUUGAUCUCGGUAGAAGCAAAUUACAUCGUUGUGUGAUCUCUGUAGAACCAAUUACUAUGCUGUGUGAUCUCUGUAGAACCAAUUACUAUGUUGUGUGAUCUCUGUAGAACCAAUUGCUAUGUUGUGUGAUCUCUGUAGAACCAAUUAUUUUUAUUUUGUUUCAUCAUGUGAGACGGCAACGAUAACCCAAACUUGAACUGAUGAUCUCAUUGGACACAUAUCAGGACUCUUGUCUACUAGGAUCCCCAUUGUCUAAAAACACGACUGAAUGAACUCAAUCUAAUCAAAAUCUAGAUGGUCAUUCUCCCUACGUUACAUGGACAUCUAACAACAUCCCAUGAGUGGUCACGUCGGGGUGACCUUUUGGAUUAGCCAAUCAAAUGACUACUUCCAGAAUCUUGGAAGUGAAUUUUAUAUGCCCGAAUUAGCAUGACUAGUGUAAAAAGCUUGCAUAAUUUGUCAAUUGUUUCAAGUCAUUUCGUCCCAGAAAGCAUAAAUUUACAUGUUUAUACUUGCUGUGCCGAAAUGGUUUGCUUCAGAUGCACUUGUGACGAAAUGGUUCGCUUCGAUAACAUCGACAAAUUGACAAUUCGACCUGAAAGUGAAAUACACUAAUAUCUCAAAGGUCAUCAGAACAUGACCCCUUAUGGGACGUUCUUAGAUGUUCAUGUAACGUAGAGAGAAUGACAAUCUAGAUCUUAAUUAGAUAGGAAUGAACUUAGUGAACAACACAUUUCAGCAUGUUAGCACUUUAGCCGUGUGGCAGAUCAUCUGUUAAGGAAUGUCACAUUCCAAACAAACAAUUCAACAUCCGCCACAGGUGAUAUGACUUGCUUUUUUUUGUAAACAUUUAAUUUGGUUUCAUUGGUCAGUAUAAAUGUACUGCUCCGUGACGUAGCAAUUUUAAUCAGGUGUAAAAUGGAGUUACACAGUUUUGAUAUGUGAUAUUUUAUUUUAAUUUUGUACUUUAUGAUUCGUUGGGUACUAUAAUCCAAUGUCUACUAUAUCAUUUAUCUGAUGUACAUGUUAUGCUAUUGCUAUGAAAUAAAAA